AUGGGGCUGGGGACCCUGCACGCUGGGCUGCUUUUGCUGCUGCUGUGCCUUGCCAGGGGCAGCCUGCAGGGGGGAGUGAAACCGCAGGCAAACGGAGCCCUAGGGCGUCUCUACCUCCCAUCGCUGAUCCGGGGACCAUACACUGGCUAUGGACCCCAAGGACUGCAGCUGGGACCGGGAGCUCAGAACGGGUUUGGAGUGGCACCAGGUGUACGAGUGAAGCCAGGCAAAGCAGGCUAUGGGGUCCCCGCUGGUUAUGGUGCAGGAUUAGGUGGGUAUUCCCAGGGUGCAAAACAAAAGCCAGGGUACUUCCAUGCUGCGCUGCCCCUGGGAGGUUUUGGGGCAGGACCCAGAGCCGGCAGCUACCCCACAGCUCAACAAGGCUACCCUGGAGUAGGCGGUGGGUACCUAGUCAAUGGAGCACAGCCUGGCUACGGGAAUGGCUACGGUGCAGGGGGGAACAGUCACCCUGGGGCCGGACUCCAGUCAGGAUACGGCAACGGUGCCCGGGCCGCAUACUUGGGGCGUUUCACUGGCCCUGGCACAGAUCUCUCAGCUGCUAAAUUUGGCCUGGGCCAGCUCCCGUACAAUGGGCAGCCCCAACAGGCCAUGCCCACGGGUCUAGGGGGAGACUACGGCGCUGGGAAAUACGGUGGCACGGGGCAGCUGAUGUACAGGGCACAGCCGGCUGGGCCCAGUGCCCUGGAUGGCAAUGGGAACGGAGCAGGAUAUGCGAACGGAGGGGACCUGCAGGCUAACGGCCUGGCUGCUGGGGGAUACAGGCCACUCACAGCAGGACAAGCUCCCGGGGGCUAUGGACUAACUCCAGCAGCAUACGGAGGCAAGGAGGCCAAGUAUGGCCUGAAUGGCUUUCUGGGGAAUGGAUACAGAGGUCGCUGCCCUCCUGGGAAGUGCUGAAUGCCGGACCUUCACCUGGGGAACUCCACGCCACAGGAUGGCACGAGCCGGCUGCUUCUGGUGCUAAGAGAAACAAGAAUUUCUCCUGAUAUAAAUUAUCAUCUUUCUCUUUUUUUCCUCUUUAUUUUUAAUGGCUAGAGAUCUGUCUUUUUAAAGGAAAAACAAAUGGUGA